UUUCACAAAGCAAGACAGCCUCCGAGUUGAAGACUUUGACCAGUGCGUCUAAGAAGAGUUCUCAUGCCUGGAAUAAUCUAGCACAUGUUUUUUUGUGUGUUUAAACUUGGUUAACAGCUGGUAAAAGUUUUGCAUUUUCCUCAGGCAGCCAAAAUCCUUCCAGGAGGCUCUUCUCUGCUUCGCUCAACUUGUCUCUGGUGUCUGUAUAACAGCCUGCAUGUUUUGGUGCUGCUCAGACUGGAUGUGGUCUCUAUGGCCUCAUUUUGCUGGACUGUCACACGGAGGGAGGUUUUCCCUGGCACCAGAAAAAAACCUUGGUGUGGUCUCUUCAGCACAGUAGCUAAGAACAAGUUUCCUGAUUGCUCCCAGGUUUUCUCGGGAACUCUUUUCAGGAAGAGGCUAUUCCUGCCCCACACUUAAAUGGAUGAUUAUGUUACAGUUAGGAAAAAGCAUCUUCAGAGACCUAUCUUUAGACUAAGAUGUUUAGUAAAGCAGCUGGAGAAAGGUGAUGUUAACGUGGUUGAUUUGAAGAAGAACAUUGAAUAUGCGGCAUCUGUUCUGGAGGCAGUAUACAUUGAUGAAACAAGGAGGCUGUUGGAUACAGAGGACGAACUCUCAGAUAUCCAGUCAGACUCUGUUCCGCUGGAAGUACGAGAUUGGUUGGCAUCUACCUUCACAAGGAAAAUGGGGAUGACAAAAAGGAGGCCAGAGGAGAAACCCAAAUUUCGAAGCAUUGUGCAUGCUGUACAAGCAGGGAUCUUUGUGGAAAGAAUGUAUCGAAGAACAUCCAGCAUGGUUGGUUUGGCCUAUCCAGCUGAAGUAAUAACAACUUUUAAGGAUGUUGACAAAUGGUCAUUUGACGUAUUUUCCCUAAAUGAAGCAAGUGGAGGCCAUAGUCUGAAAUUUAUGAUGUAUGAAUUAUUUACCAGAUACGAUCUAUUGAGCCGUUUCAAGAUCCCUGUUCCAAGUCUCAUUUCAUUUGGAGAAGCUUUGGAAAUUGGCUACAGCAAGUAUAGAAAUCCUUACCACAACUUGAUCCAUGCAGCUGAUGUUACCCAUACUGUACACUGCAUCAUGCUUCUGACUGGGAUCAUGCACUGGCUCACUGAACUGGAAAUAUUAGCCAUGAUUUUUGCAGCUGCAGUCCAUGACUACGAGCACACUGGGACUACAAACAACUUCCACAUUCAGACCAGGUCAGAGGUUGCCAUUUUGUACAAUGAUCGCUCUGUUCUUGAAAACCACCACGUUAGUGCUGCUUAUAAGAUUAUGCAGGAAGAGGAAAUGAAUAUUCUGAUGAAUCUAACAAAAGACGAAUGGAGGGAGCUGCGCAACCUGGUUAUUGAGAUGGUUUUAUCUACUGAUAUGUCUGGGCAUUUCCAGCAAAUCAAGACGAUGAGGCACACUCUUCAGCAACCAGAAGGGAUAGACAAAGCCAGAGCCAUGGCCCUGAUCCUCCAUGCUGCUGACAUCAGCCACCCAUCCAAACUGUGGGAUCUGCACUACCGAUGGACAAAGGCCCUGAUGGAAGAAUUCUUUCGACAGGGAGACAAAGAGGCAGAGCUGGGCCUACCGUUUUCUCCUCUUUGUGACCGGAAAUCCACCAUGGUGGCUCAGUCCCAAAUAGGUUUCAUUGAUUUCAUAGUGAAACCAACAUUUGCUCUCCUUACUGACUCCAUGGAGAAAAUAGUUUUUCCUCUUAUAGAGGAAGCAUCAAAGUCUGAAAGUCCUACCUUUGUGACAGCAUCAAGUGAAAAUAGUACAGGAGGGACCAGCACUGAUAUGCACAAAAGGAUAAGUAUCAAAAAUGCUGCAUGUGUUGGUGGGACCUGCACAGAAAAUGCUUUGGCAAUGGUGGAUUUAAGAAGCUUUAAGGACAACCUAUUCCAGACCAUACAGGAAAACAAAGACAGGUGGAAAGAUUUAGCAGAAAAAGGUGAGCCGAAUCUCAGUGAGAAUUCCGAAGGGCCACUGAAAGAACCAGAACAGGUUGUCCUGCACAGCUAGGUCAAGGAUACUUAAUUGUUUCUGCUCAUUUUCAGACUAAGAGGAUGAACUGAACAGCAAGAAAACAUUUUCAUUUUCCACAAGGCUGGUAUCUUUUCUAUGUAUCACCACAAAAGGAUGAGCUGGUAAUUCAAGGCAUUGAUUGCAGCUAUCAAGAUUCCAACCUAUUUGAUUUCUUCUUCAGUUCUUCUGUUAUCCUGAACUUAGCUGGAAUACAUCGUCAGCCAAAAUCAUUCUUAGACACACACACACACACACAGCCAUAUAGAAUGACUGCUAAAGGGAGGAAGCACCGGAUGAGCAGAGACUUUGUGGAAGCUUCCUAUGAGUGGAUUGCCUCACUUGGAGAUGAUUAAGAGGACCAUGGACUGGAUCUCAAGGUGCAAUUCGUGUAGACAGCUGCAAGCUGCUUCUCUGCUGUCAUGUUGAUUAAUGACAUAUCCAGAUGUACAGAUUUCUGCUUUUAUAGAAAUAUGGGGAAGAGGGUUCAGAAAAGCUGCACCAAAAAAAUCAAGAGUUGUAGAAAGCCCCCUGAAUAAGUAGUGAUGGUUUUAUAGGCAUCUAAUGAGGUGAACCUCUGGUCUUUUCCUUAACCAGCCAUAUUUUUGAAGGGAACAAAAAUAUCUACUUAAAACUAUUGAAACAAGGCUAGGUCAGAUUGUAUGAGAAGAUCAGUUGCUGCGUCAGACUCUCGGGAGAAGCCAUGACUUAGCAGCUGAGCAUGUGCUUUGCAUGUAGGGGGUCCAUGAUGCAAACCAUGGUGCCAGAGAGAAAUGACUUGAGGCAUCAGGGUUGUGCGAGAGACCUCUUUCUAGGAGCUUGGAGGACUGCUGCCGCUAGAGCCAAGCUUACUAAGCUAGAUAGGCCAAGAGCUUGUCUCUUUUUAAGCAUUCGUACUUCAGACUAUCUUGGUAAGUAUGCCAGGGGAAUAUGUGGACUUUUUAAAUACAUCUUAAGUUGUUUUCACCCUGUCAAUAGUCAGCCAGGGCCUCUCUGUC